CCUAAAUAAGGACCUCAUGAUCCUGAAUAUUACACAUACAGCGUCCUCCUGAAGAGGACAGCCACCUCCUGAAUACAACUUGUUACACAUACACAGCAGCAGGAUGUUUCCCUGUUGUUUCUGCAGUGAGGAGCCCGUGACGCCUAGGGGUGACAGGCUAGAGCAGGCGCAAUCAUUGCAGGUUGUGCCGUCAACUGCAAAAGCGGCAGCCGUACGAGGAACGUCAUUGUCAGAUAAUUCUAAAUCACAAGUAGAAGCUGCAACUAUCGCACCAGGUGCAGAAAAUACUAGUAUAGCGGCCGCAGGAGCAGAUGUUACAGCAACUAUAGUGCCAGGAGCAGCAGCACCAGGAGGAACCACAGGCACGAACACUACGGUGACUGUCGGUGCGGUGGAAAAAGGAGUUGUAGAAGAGUCCACAACAACCGCAAGUGCCACAUCUAGUUCGACAGUAGCAGCUGCUGCGAACAAAGUUGAAGAACAAAAAGCACCACCUGCAGCGAAGGAACCACCCCCAGAACCAAAACAAGAUGUCGUAGAACAAGAAAAGGCACCUCCUGCAGCGAAGGAACCACCCCCAGAGCCAAAACAAGAUGUCGUAGAACAAGAAAAGGCACCUCCUGCAGCGAAGGAACCACCCCCAGAACCAAAAGAAGGUGCCAAAACGACCUCAGAGGUUGCUGCCAGUAG